AUGGAGCUGCUAAAUCUGAACCGCAGCGUGCAUGGAUCCGGACCCGGGCCGGGGGCUUCCCUGUGCCGCCCAGGUGGCCCUCUCCUCAACAGCAGCAGUGCGGGCAACCUCAGCUGCGAGCCCCCUCGCAUCCGCGGAGCCGGGACACGAGAAUUGGAACUGGCCAUUAGAGUCACGCUUUACGCAGUGAUCUUCCUGAUGAGCGUUGGGGGAAAUGUGCUUAUCAUCGUGGUCCUGGGACUGAGCCGCCGCCUGAGGACUGUCACCAAUGCCUUCCUCCUCUCACUGGCAGUCAGCGACCUCCUGCUGGCUGUGGCUUGCAUGCCCUUCACCCUCUUGCCCAAUCUCAUGGGCACAUUCAUCUUUGGCACAGUCAUCUGCAAGGCGGUUUCCUACCUCAUGGGGGUGUCUGUGAGUGUGUCCACGCUAAGCCUCGUAGCCAUCGCCCUGGAACGGUACAGCGCCAUCUGCCGACCACUACAGGCGCGCGUGUGGCAGACGCGCUCCCACGCGGCUCGAGUGAUUGUAGCCACGUGGCUGCUGUCCGGACUGCUCAUGGUGCCCUACCCUGUGUAUACCGUCGUGCAACCAGUGGGGCCUCGGGUGCUGCAGUGCGUGCAUCGCUGGCCCAGUGCGCGGGUCCGCCAGACCUGGUCGGUACUGCUGCUGCUGCUCUUGUUCUUCGUCCCGGGUGUGGUUAUGGCUGUGGCCUAUGGCCUUAUCUCCCGUGAGCUCUACUUAGGGCUUCGCUUUGACAGUGACAGUGACAGCGAGAACCAAAGCCGGGUCCGAAGUCAAGGAGGACUGCCGGGUGGGGCUGGACCAGGUGGGUGAAAUCCAGGAGAGGCGGAGCUUUGGAAGGGGGUGGGGCCUACUGGAGUGGGUGGGGCCGAAAGGGGUGUGAGAAGAAAGCAGGAAAUAGGGUUGAGGCCGCGCAGCGGGAGGGGGAAGGGUGGAGAGGGCCGGGUGGGGAUUGAGCUGGACAUCGGGAGGACUCUGGCUUCUGCUCCGACUGCCCUCUCUCCGUGCUCAGGUCCUGUCCGCCAGAACGGGCGCUGCCGGCCUGAGACUGGCCCGGCUGGCGAGGACAGCGACGGCUGCUAUGUGCAACUUCCGCGUUCUCGGCCUGCGCUGGAGUUGUCAGCGCUGACGGCACCCACUCCCGGGUCAGGACCCGGCCCCCGGCCCACCCAGGCCAAGCUGCUGGCUAAGAAGCGCGUGGUGCGAAUGUUGCUGGUGAUCGUUGUGCUCUUUUUCCUGUGUUGGUUGCCAGUGUACAGUGCCAACACGUGGCGCGCCUUCGAUGGCCCGGGUGCACACCGAGCGCUCUCAGGUGCUCCAAUCUCCUUCAUCCACUUGCUGAGCUAUGCCUCGGCCUGUGUCAACCCCCUGGUCUACUGCUUCAUGCACCGUCGCUUUCGCCAGGCCUGCCUGGACACAUGCUCCCGCUGUUGUCCCCGGCCUCCACGAGCUCGCCCCAGGCCUCUUCCAGAUGAGGACCCUCCCACCCCCUCCAUCGCUUCCCUGUCCAGGCUGAGCUACACCACUAUCAGUACGCUGGGGCCUGGCUGA